GGGUUUACUCGAUAACAGUGGUGGCCUCAUAUUUCUUUUAUAAAAUAAAUUAAAAUGUAUUAAUUAUUAAAUAACCUUAAUACAACCUGAGUAUAAAUUCUUUCUUCCUCUAGUUUUCAUCACAAAAUAACUACUCUUAGGCUUUCCCCAUCAGUUUAUGUUCUUUCCUUCUCUCGAAAUAUAAACCCUAAUCACAAUGAUUUAGCAGCAAUCAAUCUUUCUUACCAUCUAAAUCACCUUCUGUCCGCCGCCGUCUUCAAAACCAUGAAGAUCUUUCACGGAAACACUUCGUACGAUUUCACGGUUUCGCAGAAUAUUGGAGCCGCAUCGUCCGACGGUGAAGGGUUUAAAGUUGAAUUUGUUCAUAAGAAAUCGCAAUCGGAGCAACGGACAUCGCUCAAUAUCCCUUUCAUUGGCCAAAAUCAAAGCUCUUUAAUGUCAGAUUUAUUGCAAGAGUUCAAUGUUCCAGAACCUGUUCGCAACGAUAUGGCUGCGCAUUUCACCUUCCAAAUCGAUCGAAUGAACAGAUUAUCUCGCAGAAAUCGGGUUAAUGGAUUGAUUAAUGUGUUGGUGCGGCUGGAAGUGACGGAAAAUUCGUCGCAAAGAGUUGCGGCGAUUUCAAGAAGGAUGGAAUUGAGGAGGAUAGAGAGGGAUAGAGAGAUCAAUUUAUUGAUGUCGAUGGAUAGGGAGGUGGAGGUGGUGCCGCCUUUAGCAACCAAAAGGGAAGUGGUUGAGAAAUUGGAGCGAGAAGCAAUGGUGAUUGAUGAUGACGAUGAUUCAGAAUGUUCGAUUUGUUUGGAGAAGUUUCUAAAAGGAAUAGAGGUUUUAUUAGCCUUCUCCCUCGAGUGGAUACGGAUAUGAUUUGUCCACUAUCUUUUCCCUUAAAUCUAACUUUGUGCAGAAUGUUGGGUUGAUGAUCAUAACCAUGAUCAAUAAUACAUACUCCUAUAUUUGAUGUAGAUUAGUAAUGAAUUCUGAAUAGGAGUAUUACUUUUGUUUUCUCAUUUAUUUUUUUGUGAGUUUCAAUGUAAAUUUAAAAUAACACAAUUAUAAAAUUUCAAAUUAAUAUGUUUAUUUAUAUGAAUUGUUAGAGGAUUUGUAGCCAAAAU